UUUUGCCACUGCACCGCAUGACACGCACUGCUGCGAACGAUCCACCGCGACGUUCGACGUCAGUAUGACCAGAAGAGAUGCAAAUGAUAUACUGCACCGUGGUUCGACGCGCAUCAAGAAUAGACGAGACUGCGCAACGGUCGCAAAGUCCGGAACGGGGCAUGGACACGGCGUGGGCGCGUGACAGCGACGAGCACCGGGGGAAGGCAUGAGGUGCGCUAAAGACGAUGGACGUGGGAGGAUGCCGUACGACGCAUGCGCGAUACGAGGCGUCGGAGAGGACGGUGGUGAGGCGGCCGAGCGCUGAGGACCUGCGGGAGCAUUGUGGAGGGACGGAGUCCGAUAUGGCCAAGGGCCGCGGUUCCUGGACGACGGGGACGCAAGGGGAAAGCGAGGCGUCAGACGGCGAUGAGAACUCGGAACCACUCCUGGUGGUGGAGAGAAGUCCUCGCACCCACGCACGCACGGAACACCCAACGCGCAAGGGCCGGCGCGGAGCUGCACAGUCGGCACCGGGCAGGGCCAGAAGACGCGGAGACAAGUUGCGUUGCACAGGCCGCAUGCAUCAGACAUUCCAUCGAAGGGCAAGCUCGGGCCAUCGCCGUCGUCUGGUGCGCGCUCGCCUUGGUCGGGAGAAUUUGCGAGCGAGGGCGUGGCACAGCACGGAGGCCACCACGCCUGGUGUGGCCAUCCCCACGAGACACAAAGUGGCCGGGGUCCCGGGGCGGAGCCGAGAGUGGAAAGGGGCGCCGGAAGGGUGGCGGGAAAACAGGGCAAGCCGCCCAAUCAGGCAGGCGGUCAGCGCCGCGCUAGCCAAUCGCCGCACGCGCGCCCCCCAAUCCGGCUGCCCAGCCACAGCGAGCGUGCCGCACGCAUAUCUCCUCCCGUCCGCAUUUAUGGCCCCGCAUCCCCGCCCGGCCCUCCUCCUCCCCCAGCCCCGCCAUCGCCUCUACCUCCCUCCUCGCCGCCGACGACGACGACGACCCCUUCCCGUCCCCCUCCACGCACCCCGCGUCCUGCACCUCGUCUGACAUGUCUGCCUCGCCACAUCCACCCCCUCCUCCUGCCCCCAUUCCCGUCCCCGCCACACGCUCGCCCCCAGAGCCUCCCGCGCCGUCUGUGUCGGUGCCCGCGAUGGUCAAUGGUGGCGCGCCCCCUCCUAGUCGCUCGCCCGCGCAGCUCGCCUCCCUCCUCUCCGAUGCCCUUCGUGAGAUAGACUCUCUGCAUCACGAGCUCUCCAAGGCCAAACGACGCGCGGAAAAGGCAGAGCGUCUCGUCUCCAGUCUCACCCAGCCUUCGUCCUCGUCAGCUGCCACACGCUCAGGUAGUGACAACUCACCCUCUGGCGCCCCGAACGGCUCCCCCGCGAACGGCCAGGCACAACCACUUCCCGAGUCUGCCGUCAAGGUCAUCCUCGAGUACGAGGCGCGCGCUGAGCGCGCAGAGGCCGCUCGCGACGAGUCCGACGCACGCCUCCGCAUC